ACAGGCGUGAAUUUGAUAAGCGAGCUAGGUACAAAUACGCGUUUCAUCAUGCCACGUUAUACGCGCACACAUAUAGAUGGAUGUUGCAAGUUCGUAAGAGUAAAAGCCAUAUUCCAUGCUUCGAGUAGAAGAUACGUGACACUAGAGCGCGCGGCUUCUUGAAAAAAAAAAAAAUCCGCGCGCCUAUACGACGCGAUAAAAACGAACUAUAAGGCGGCCGGCCGGGUUCGUAACCACUCAGUAUCACGCCGAACGCCGAAGCAUCGUGACCAUAGGACUUGUUUUCUUGGUUGAUCGAUUUUUUUUGCAUACGGAAUCAGAAGAUUUAAAAAAAAUGAGCCACACAGACAUGACCUCAUUCCCCUUGCGCUCGCUCGGAGCAGCGGUCGAGGGUGUACGCGACCAGUACGCCGACGGUAAGGCCGCGCAGGUCUGGCAGGCGUACAUCGUCGACAACAAGCAACGCAAGAAGAAUUACAAGGAAUUCUUGGUGGGUCUCCUGCGUCAGCAUGGCUGCAAGCGCAUAUUGGACGUCGCCUGCGGUACUGGCGUCGACUCGACGAUGCUACUCGAGGAGGGCUUCGAGGUUGUCAGCGUGGAUGCCUCCGACAAGAUGCUCAAGUACGCGCUCAAGACUCGCUGGCAGCGCAGGAAAGAGCCGGCCUUCGAUAACUGGAUUAUCGAGGAGGCCAAUUGGUUAACGCUCGAAGAAGACAUCAAGCCCUUGAUUGGCGAUGGAUUCGACGUAGUGAUGUGCCUUGGAAACAGCUUUGCACACAUUUUGGAUACGCACGGAGACCAACGAGAACAAAAACAAGCACUCGCAAACUUUGAGCGUUGCGUCAAGCCUGGCGGUCUUUUAUUGAUAGAUCACAGAAAUUACCAAUCCAUCAUUGAAAAGGGACAGGCGCCAAUUCAGUGCAUGUACUACAACAACAAGUACUUGAAGAAUAUCGAAACAUCGGUAAUAUACAAAAAAGGCAAACCUUACCUAAUUGCGUUGGAAUACCGAGUCUGCCUGAACGAGUCCGAGGACCAAACCAGCGAAUUCAGACUGGCUUACUAUCCGCACAUGUUGGGAGAAUUCACAGAACUGCUGGACAAAUCUUUCCCAAAAUUAGCGAAGCACGACAUCUACGGAGAUUUCAAGCCUCUUGAGCAGAUCGAAGAUCCAGGAUUCUACAUCCACGUUCUGGAAAAAGCCAAAUAAGAGACUGGUGUACUUAUUUAUUUUAAAAAUAUAAUUUGAAAAUUGUUAUACAUACAAGAGAAAACGAAACGAAUGUAUAAGUAUUAGAUAAGAUAUAUGGAGAAUCGCUUGUACAUACGUACGUUUGUGACGAGUGCAUUGAAAAGAUAUAUCAUUCGAGAAUAUCAAGAGUUAUCAUUUUAUGAAGUUUUCGUUACUUUGUGAUAUUAAUAAGUAUACUCUUAAACAGAAAUUGGAAUAUUGUUAAAAAAAAAAAAAAAAUUUUGUACCUACACUAA